ACCAGAAAGAAAGCAUAAACGGUUGUCGAAACUAAAUUGAAAUUUCUSUUAUUUUUSUUCUUAAUUGCUUCUCAUUUKUCAAAGAAAACGUUACGCAUAUGGCAGGAACGAGUUCGAACGUUGAAAACUUAUCCCCGCAAAUUAUCAAACAAGUUGCUCGAGAAAUUCACGGUUUAGCUAGCAACCCACCAGAGGGAAUCAAGAUUUUUACCAAUGAUGAAGAUAUUACAGAUAUUCAAGCUACAAUAGAGGGCCCAACUGGAACUCCAUACGAGGGAGGUUUAUUUAGGAUCAAAGUUGUAUUAGGAAAAGACUUCCCUGCUUCGCCACCAAAAGGUUUUUUUCUUACCACUAUCUUCCACCCAAAUGUCGCAAAGAAUGGUGAAAUAUGUGUAAAUACUCUUAAAAAGGAUUGGAAACCAGAUUUAGGAAUAAAACAUAUACUCCUGACUGUCAAGUGUUUAUUAAUUCAUCCUAACCCUGAAUCAGCUUUAAAUGAAGAAGCCGGGAAGUUACUCCUUGAGCACUAYGAUGAUUACUCUAAACGWGCACGGAUGAUGACAGAUAUCCAUGCAAAAGUUUCUGCYUCAACAAAAAUUGACACAUGUCAGUCAUCUAUUCCUGGUAAAAAGAGAAUGGCUGGUGAAAAAGUUUGUGAUAAGAAGAAAAAAGAUAAGAAAAAGGCUAUCAAGAGACUAUAAUAUUGCAGUCCAAGCUCAGGAAAUCAAUUCUUUAGAAAUACAUAAUAAGAAGUUGUACUGUGUUCUGAAUUACCCCCUAUUAUCAAGGAUUAUGAUUUCUGAUGGCCCAAGAUUGUAACUAACUGCUGUCUUUAUUAGGAGCAAUAGACUGAAACAAGUCCACAGUUUAAAACAAUGAAUUGAAAAAAGUAAUGUACUUCAAAAUGUACUUGAUAUAGCAUCCAUUUUGUACAGGUGAAUAAUACUAAAUUAUACAAAUUUUAUUAUCGUGUGUAGUAGGAUUUACUCUUCAGCAAUCUAAGGAAAUGUGGUGGAUUGCCUUGACUUAAAGUAAAUUUUCUGUUUCCUUCAGUGAAGGAAAUGUCUUGGUCUGACAAAUAAUACCAGUCUCACAUGUUUUGAAAUACAACAAUUUUAUUAUACAAUUUCCCA